AUGAAGUUCAUCUGGGAGAAUAUCAUCACGCCUGUCAGGAAAAGAGCAGGAUCCUGCAGACAGGCUCUUACAUCUGUCUUACUGUAUCUCUGGGAUGUUUACUCCGUACCCACACCAGCUGGCAGAGACAUCCUGGCUCUUCUGUCUCUAUGUUUCACUCUCUCCAUCGUCACAGGCGGCCUGCUUCAUCACUGGUUGUCAAACACUCUGAAAUACAACCACGAGAGGUCCGUUCAGACCACCUGUGUCUACAGCGUGGCUGUGUUUUUGGUCUCCUUUCUGUGUCACCCUCUGCGCUGCGUGCUGACAAUGACUCUGCCAACUGUCUGCACCAAAGAGGGAAGAAAACUCCUCAUCUCGGCCUCUGUCAUGAUUUUAGUUUCGAACGUCGUGCCUAAUAUUUCAGUGAAUGUGGGAGCGGUUGCACGCAUCCUGAAGUGCACCGCCGAGGGUUUUACAAAGACUUUGCUAAACUCAUCUGAGCCUUUGAACACAGCAAAGCAAGACCUCGUUGAGGAAACUAUCAAAGUGAGAAGGGAGGACUUGAGCAUUGUCACCAACUUGAGGAAGUUAGAUCACUUCACACAUGUUGAUGUGUCAGAAGUCAGAGGCACGUUUACUAAAAUAAUCGGGCAGAUAGAGGUCAACUUCUCACAUGCAAGAAACCUCCUCAAAGAAUGCAAACUGCUCUCAAACCGGAUCCUUGCAGCCAUCUUUGUUGCUUUGCUAAUCUUUGAAUCGGCACGCUAUUUGAAGUCUUACCUGACAUCAGUGCAGUUUGAUAACAGCUACGUCUCCAAAGAGCUCAAGCACAAGGCGACUCAUGCUGCUAACAAAGGGGCAGCUAAAAAUAAAAUACACAAAGGCUGCAAAAUAACAAAUCAGGAAUGCACCUCCUGCAUCAUAUCACUGAUCGUGGUAACAUUAUACUUCAUUGGAAUAACUCUGAUAGUUGCUCUGGAUUAUGUUGUGUAUUAUAUAGUUCAGAUGAUCAUGCCAUGGGUACUAGAUUUCCCACCAACAUCCGCCGUCAUAAGUGUCAACUACAGGGUCAGCUGGUUCCCCCCUGCUUUCUGCAUCAUCCCGAACAACUGCAUCACACGGGAGCUCACAAACUUCCACAGGGAUUACAAGUGGACCUUCAACCCUGAGCCAUCGCUCUGUGAUGUGAAGACUUCAGCUCCGAGUCUGGGAGUCACACUCCUGCUGGGAUGUCUCUGGAUGAUGAGCUACGCUCUGGUGUUCGUCGAGGUUUAUGCCAGACGUCUGCGCAGGAAAAUCUCAGCGUCUUUUUUCAGAGAGCAAGAGGAGAGGAGGGUGGCUUACCUGAUGAAGAAAAUACAAGACAAACUGAGCAAAAAGGAGCAAGAACAGCAGGGUUUAGUUGAAGUCAGAAGUGGUUGA